AUGAAGCUCCUGAUCCUUCUUGCACUUGUAAUUAUCACCGUUGCUCAAACUCCGAGUUGCCUAGCAAAUGAAGAGUUCCGUACGUGUGGGACUGCAUGUGAACCAUCUUGUCAGAAUCCCGAACCAAAAACUUGUAAUCUGAAAUGCAUCGUGAACAUGUGUCAAUGUGUGAAUGGAUUUGUGAGAGGUGAUAACGGAUGUGUUCGCCUUCAAGAAUGCUACGGGAAAUGA